AUGCAGGUGUCGUGUCAUUGUGAGACUGUUGGAGACUUUCUCUCACGUGGAGAGGCAGGAAAAGCCGCGAGAGAGAAAGCGAGAGAAGAAGCAAUCAUGGAGUUCGUGUCUUAUGGGCAACGCCGAGAGCAAGAGAGGGGUCUUGCAGCAAAAGGAAAACAGUUCGUGCUAGUUUCAAACAGCUGUAAGAGUCAAGCUGGCGACGGUCGAAUAGGAUUACGAGCCGAUGACGAGAUUGUGAUCCAGAAAGUAACGCCCUCAAAUAUCAAUAUCACAUUCCGAAACCCGGUCCACCAACGAUUCAAGAUUCUUGAAAGAGAAGGAAGCCGCGCCAACCAGCCAACGACUUUCGUGUCUGUGAUAGCGUCACCUCAAACAAGGUCUAUCAGCAUCGACCGCCGUCGAGUCCAAGCUACCAAGCCGUGUCUUUCCACAGCUGUCAACUCUGAUCUCCCGCGGGUCUGUGAAGCCGUCCCGUUCCUGGUCCUCGUCCUCGUCCUCGUACAACGGAAAGAGCCAGGAAGGAUCUUGCUUCCGUGGCACACGUACCUGAAGAUCAACGGGAACGAGAGGGAAGAGAAAAAGAAAAUUCUUCAAACCAAGAAACAAUGUCUCAGAUCUCCGAUUGUGAACAAGUGA